GUUAGAGAGGGUUUGAACAGACAGCUGUCAAGAUGAGCGUACGAGUUGCUAGGGUUGAGGACUUCAUGGGCAUGCAAGUGUGCAACUUACAGAAUCUCCCUGAGAAUUAUACAAUGAAAUACUAUCUCUACCAUGCGCUUUCGUGGCCGAGCCUAUCGUUUGUGGCGGAAGACCACAAGGGACGGAUCGUUGGAUACAUUCUUGCGAAAAUGGAGGAUGACCUGCAAGAAGGUGAGGAACCGCAUGGACACGUAACUUCUAUCUCUGUGCUACGAGGGUAUCGUCGAUUGGGCAUUGCGAAGAAGUUGAUGAUCCAAUCUCAAGAUGCCAUGGCCACGAUCUACAAAGCGUCAUACGUAUCUCUACAUGUACGGAAGUCCAACCGCGCAGCGAUCGGGCUAUAUAGAGACAAGUUGAAGUUUGAAGAGGAGAGGGUUGAGAAGAGUUAUUAUGCGGAUGGAGAAGAUGCAUUUGCUAUGCGAUUACGGCUUAAGCCCUGAUGCUUGUGUUCUAGAAUCGAUGACCACUUGGCUGGAUGCCUUAUUGGCAGCAUGCAACCAUACAGGAUAGAGUGUCUCUUAUGGCAGGAUAAGGUUAUGAAUGCAUCGUA